UGUUAGUGUGUGAUUGUUUACUAACUUAACUUGCUAUGUCAUUAUUCAACACAUUGUUUUCAAUUUCAAAUUAUAAUUAAUUUCUAUGUUACCACUUCUUUUGAUAAGUUUUUGCAUUGACUUUGUAUAGUCAAUGGUUAGUGUUAAUGAAGUUACCGUACUCCUAUCAUCCUCAUAAACUGUCAAAUUUGAGGUUGAUUGUGAUUUUUAUCUAUAAGUUCUGAAAUAAAAAUAGUAGGCUUGUGAGGCCUAGCUCAUAGGCUAACUAGGUAAUUCCAAAGGGAAGCCAUAGGAAGGGUAGGUGCUAAGUCAAAGGGAUUCAUUUUCCCGAGUUGUUCAAACAGAAUUGUUUAUAAGUCUCUUUUGGAUAAUGGAAGGACUUGGACUACCUACAAGUUUUGGUCAACAACAAAAUCAAAGGAAGCGAUUUGUGAAAAAUCAUCGACCGAGAUCGAAUAAGAAGCCACAAAUAAUAAACCAUUUGAUUGAUAAUGAUGUCGAAGCAGUUUUCAAUAAACAUUUUUCUUUUUUCCACGAAAAGAUACAUGAUAAAAAUGCAUGUAAACUUCCAGAACCAUCAUCUCUAUUUCAAGUGGAAAACUGGAAAGAUAAACGAUUUCAACAGUUGAAAAUAGAACUGAACAAGACGAAGAGCAAGUUGAAUGAUUUAAAUUUGAAGGAUUGGCAUUUCCAUACUUCUAGCACAAAUACUGCUGGAGACGUUUUGAAAAAAGUCAGGCAUACUUUUGGCCCGGAAUUCCUAACCCAGGCCUGGUGCAAGAUGUACGAGUGUUUGUCGAUGUUCUGGAUGGUGCCAGAGCAGUUUCAAGGAGGACAGUUCAACUCUGUUCACCUCUGUGAAGCUCCUGGAGCAUUUAUAUCAGCUCUCAACCACUUCCUCCAGACUUGGUACCCAGAUACUCAGUGGGAUUGGCUGGCAACCACACUGAAUCCUUACCACGAGAGUAACCCACUCUCCCACAUGAUCCAGGACGACAGGUUCAUUCUGCACACUCUCCAACACUGGACGUUCGGAAGGGAUGGGACGGGAAACCUGAUGGACUUGGGCAACCUGAGAAAUCUGCAGCAGCAGGUGGAGAACAGAUUGGGAGGCAACGUCAUGCUGGUAACAGCUGAUGGAAGUAUAGAUUGUCAGACCAACCCAGCUGAGCAAGAAGCUCUCGUGGCUCCCCUACAUUACUGCGAGACACUCACAGCUCUAUCUAUACUGCAGCCUGGUGGCAGUUUCAUGCUGAAGAUGUUUACACUACUAGAGUGCGAAAGCAUCUGUCUUCUGUACCUACUUGUGUGUGUGUUUAAGACUGUCAACGUGUUCAAGCCUGUCAAGAGCAAGGAGGGCAACUCGGAGGUUUAUGUCGUCUGCACUGAGUACCUCGGCCAAGACACGCUUGAGCCAUGGCUGCCCACUCUGUUAGACAAGUAUGGUUCAUCAAUGUCAAAGGCUAUGUUUGCUGAAGAAGAUAUUCCAGAAGAAUUUAAAGUUCAGGUUUAUGAGUGUGCAAAAAUGUUUACGGAUAUCCAGAUUGGAGUAAUAGAGAGAAACUUGGAUAUCUUCUACUCUCCGACUCCUCCCAAACUGCUCUAUUCUCGAUUGAUCAAGCAGAAGGUCGCUGACACGUAUCUAGAACACUACGAGAUGCAGCCAAUAGACAAAUACAUUGUCGGAAAUAAAGUGCUGGCAGAGACACCUAGUUUCAACUUGGCGCAGAGGCAAGAAGAAGGGACAUUCAAUGACCGGUUGCGCCGUGCCGCGCUGGACCAGCCUCACGGUGCCGUGAUGUGCCAGUUGUGGCAGAGAGUAGUGGAAGUGUCGGCGUCUUGUGUGUGGCCGCACACUGACAAUGUCUGCUGGUUUGUGUUCAACACAAAGCAGAUACCAGAGUUGCAGCUGAAGACUGCUCAGCCAGUGUCAGCUGUCCGCAGCUCCAAGUUCUGCAACGGUCGAAUGCUAGAAGUAUUUUGCCAACUAAAAUAUCCAUCACUUUAUACAUCCCUGAGUACGGAGGUGUCUACCAGUGCUACAGUGGAUGUGAGUCAGCUGCCGUGGUUCACUGAUAGUUCUCAAUGUAACCUGGAGUUGCUGGAUAGAUUGUGCAAGGCUCUUGGAGAUCUCCCUGUAGCCAAAAGUCUGUGUGUCCAAGGUCUUCCACUGUUCACUCAGUUUACUGUCGCAGUUGUGUUCCUACUGGCACACUCAUUCUAUCAGGUAGGGUUGUCAGUGGAGGGGGAUGUGAUACUAUGCGGCUACAAGCAGGCUCUAGGCACAACAGAGUGGCUUCACACAGUGUUGUCUCACAUGCGUCGUCUGCCGGCGACCGAGGCAGUAUUGUCUCUGCUUCCCAUCAACAUGUUGUGUGAUCCUUCAUACAGCAUGAAGAAUGGGGUUUCAUUCUACAUGUGCGUGUCCAGCAUAAACAAUGCGAGGUUGUUGCGCUCAAUAGAGUACGAGGUCCAGAGGAUAAUGCACAAUGACCCUUCGAUACUUCACAGUGACCCGGCAAUACUGCAAAGUGGCCCGGCAGUGCUACACAGUGACCCGGCAGCACUACAAAGUGACCCGGCAGUACUACAAAGUGGCCCGGCAAUACUUCAGAGUGAUCCAGUAGUACUACAAAGUGACCCGGCAAUACUUCAAAGUGAUCCAGCAGUACUACAAAGUGGCCCGGCAAUACUUCAGAGUGAUCCAGUAGUACUACACAGUGACCCAGCAGCACUACAAAGUGACCUGGCAAUACUUCAGAGUGAUCCAGUAGUACUACACAGUGACCCAGCAGCACUACAAAGUGACCUGGCAAUAUUUCAAAGUGAUCCAGCAGUACUACAAAGUGGCCCGGCAAUACUUCAAAGUGAUCCAGUGGUACUACAAAGUGACCCGGCAAUACUUCAAAGUGAUCCAGCAGUACUACAAAGUGGCCCGGCAAUACUUCAGAGUGAUCCAGUAGUACUACACAGUGACCCAGCAGCACUACAAAGUGAUCCAGCAGUACUACAAAGUGGCCCGGCAAUACUUCAAAGUGACCCGGCAAUACUUCAGAGUGAUCCAGUAGUACUACACAGUGACCCAGCAGCACUACAAAGUGAUCCAGCAGUACUACAAAGUGGCCCGGCAAUACUUCAAAGUGAUCCAGUAGUACUACACAGUGACCCAGCAGCACUACAAAGUGAUCCAGCAGUACUACAAAGUGGCCCGGCAAUACUUCAAAGUGACCCGGCAAUACUUCAGAGUGAUCCAGUAGUACUACACAGUGACCCAGCAGCACUACAAAGUGAUCCAGCAGUACUACAAAGUGGCCCGGCAAUACUUCAAAGUGAUCCAGUAGUACUACCCAGUGACCCAGCAGCACUACAAAGUGAUCCAGCAGUACUACAAAGUGGCCCGGCAAUACUUCAAAGUGACCCGGCAAUACUUCAGAGUGAUCCAGUAGUAUUACAAAGUGGCCCGCCUGUAAUAAACAAUGAGCCAAUGAUAGAAAUUAGUAAUCCUGUCACAGUACUCAAUGACCCUGCAAUACUGCACAGCAAACUGGCACCACCCCAGAAUCACAACUCCUCUGGGCUGGGAGAUAGGUCACUUGUUCAUGAGAGUGGCUCAAGUACUCCCAUGGAUCUCACCACGUGACACCCAGCUCCAGUCUCUACUCAACAAUAUGACAACCUGCUCUUUAAAAUUCAUUUUCUCAAAUUAUAAACUUUGAGUUGUAUAAGAAUUGCAGUAUUAUAGUUUCAAGAAAGUAAUUUAGAAAAUAUUUGUAUAUAUCUUUGUGUAUGGUGCAUUUUGAUUUUAUUAAGUUGUAAAAAUAGAGUAUAGUCAUUAAUUGGUAAUAUUAAUUUCUGACUUGGUUACAGUUCAUUACAAAGUGUUACAAAGUGUUACAAUGUGUGAAGAUAAAUAUCUUAGUUUCAUGAAUUUUUGUUGGGAUGGUAAGGCUUUAUGAUAAUGGCAAAGAGCCUGUCCUAGUUUAUGAAACACAAAAACUUUAAACUUGGAAUAUUAUGAGCCUUGAUGGCAUUUUCAAUUAUGGAAGUACGAGUUGAUUCCUUACCAACUCAAACCUUCCUUGGUUGAAAAUACUUUCUGUUGUUUCGAUGUUGCUUUGUUUUGAUGUUUUGUACAAGUUUACAAUUACUACAUUCUUUAACCUUCACAGCGGGGUGAGAAUACAGAAGUGAAUAAAGUGGUUCUUUAAAUCCUCUGUAAAAACAGUUAUACACUCACCAAUCAUAAUACAGGUAGAACCCAACUCGAUUGUACUGCUUAUGUUAAAGAGUGUCUCCUUGGUUUUAUUUUAGCGAAUUUCCCUAUAGAGAAGUAGCUAGAGUAGGUGGCAUGGUAAGACCUAGGCCCGGGACCGAUUUACUUUUCCAUUUUGAUGUCCCCAGAAGCCAAAAACACCAUUCGUUCAAUUUGUUCAUUUUUAUAUAGGCUAUGUAUAUAUAUAUAUA